GAAAUAAACACAAGGCUCUUGCUAAAUAUAAAUAAAUUUAACGGUUUCUAGUGCGUAUUUCAACUAUAUAAAUAAUGUAUAGAACAUUAAUGAAACGGUGAAUGAAAAAUAACAUCACCUAUCACAACGACGUCUUCUCUGGCCCUACACAACACCGUCAAACGUAUAAUCAAAACAAAUUGGUUUUAUUCUGAAUCAAUCCCGUCCACAAACAGCUCAAGCGAAGGAAUUCCGUUGCUUGGCACCGGGCGCACCUUAUUUACGCUGGUAUCGAUUCUGUCCUUAUGUAAGUCAGCAGAGCUACCAAGUCGCAUGGUCGUCUGCAAACGGGUCAUUGUUGCGACACUAGCAGUCAUGAUUCCAGGCAUCUACAAGCAUUCGCGCUGCCGAAACAACGUUUACCCGCGCAGUGACGUCCGUCGCUAUCCGGUGCCGGAUGAGAGUGUCUUCUGGUCCCAACCGUAUCCGGACUAUCAGCCACCCGUGUACGAUGCGAGUGUUCUGGAGGGAAAGGAAUGGGCAGAUUUGGAUGUCGAGAACCCGAAUUUCUCUGCCAAAUGGAAUCAGUUGGAUGGGAACGUUAAUCGGGUCAGUUUUAUUGGGGAGUAUGAGAUUCGAAAUGGAUUCCCCAUGAACUUGUUCGGCAGGACUGGGUUAAAAGGUAGAGGUUUUCUUGGGCGCUGGGGACCGAAUCAUGCAGCGGAUCCCGUUGUUACCAGAUGGAAAGUGGAUGAAGGUGGUAAACCGAUAGUGGAUGACGUAACUGGGAAGCGGGUUCUGCAGAUGUGCGCCAUAGAGAGGCACGAUUGUGGCGAAUGGGCUAUUCCAGGUGGAAUGGUAGAUCCGGGGGAAAUGGUAAGCUCCACUCUGAAGCGGGAGUUUAUGGAGGAAGCAAUGAGCCAAUCGGUGGAGACGGCAGAAGUGGAGGCAUUUUUCAACGCUGGGAAGGAAAUUUACAAGGGGUACGUUGACGAUCCAAGAAACACGGACAACGCGUGGAUGGAAACGGUAGCGGUCAACUUUCAUGACUGGGAUGGAAGUGUCGUGGGUAAGUUUCAUCUCUACGCUGGAGACGACGCGGCUAAGGUCAAAUGGAUGGACAUCGAUUCGGGUGUUAAAUUGUAUGCCAGUCACGCGAGCAUCGUGAGAAAAGUAGUCGAAAUACUCGAUGCCCAUUGGUAGGAAGUUCGGAUGAAUAAACUUAGCAAAUUCCACGUUGAAUUAUUGAGUAAAAUAAUAACAUG